CACCGAGGUGUUUGUUCUUUGAAGUUUCUAAAUAGCUUUUCUUUUCAACAGUUUCUCAACUAUUCAUAGAGUUGGUAGUUAUCUUUACUUUUGUUUUUUUCAUUUAGUACCUGUUGGUGAUAGUAUGACUCUUGGCCUGACUAGAAGUAAUUCCUCUAGAAGAGGGUCCCAAAAUGAACCUAAAGCUUCUAGUGAUAACCAGGAAACUUUGAAUGGGAAAUUCGAAGACGAAAAUUUAUCGUCACUACCCUUUUCUUCUGCUGAAGAACUUCAAAAACAUGAAAUACUUUUGCAAAAAGAGUUUGAACAAUUAUCAGAAGAAUAUAUUGUUGCAAGAAAAUCAAGAAUUAAUCAUUUAUUAACAUCUUUAAAUCAUUAUAUAAAAAUAUUUAGCGAAAAUGAUAAAAACUGGACUAAAAUAUUUAAUUUUGAAUUAGAAACUAUUAAAAGUAUUAAAAUUAAUACUGAGAAUUUAAUUUUAUCAAAAUUAAAAUUAUCAAAUCCGAUCGAUAUAAUUGAAAAUUUAGAUGAAUAUGAGUUAGAGUUGAAUGAAUUAUUUAAUAACAUUCAGUCUCCUUUAGAUUUUGAUGAUAUUUUUAAAGUAAAUUCUUCUAAAUCAAAAGAAAUUCCUUUUGAAAAAAAUUUUAAAAAUUUUUUUAAACCUUUUGAAAAACAUUUAAAGUCAGUUUCUAAUGAAAAUAAUUAUCAGACUAAUUUGAUCAAAUCAAAUGUUCGUGGUAAUCAAAUGAUUUUAUGGAAACAGUAUUACAAUCAUGCAUUAUCUCAAAAAGAAAAACUUAUUAAUGAAACUUAUAAUGAAUUACAUCAACUUUAUAAAGAAUUUAAUCAUAUGGAUGAAUAUCAGCAAAUUGAAAAAGAUUGGAAGGCUUAUAAUAAAUCAAUCGUCGGUAUCAAUAAUUUAAAACCUUCUUCUGAAUAUCAAUCAAAUCAUGAUAUUUAUUACGAUGUUGAUAAUCCUUAUUUUAGAAAAAAUAAAAUAGAACUAACAAAUAUUAAACAAACAAUUUUAAAUGAUCUCAAUAAGUUUAACAAUCAGCAACGGAAUCAUGGCUCAGAUAAUUCGACAAUAUUAAAUUCUUGUUUUGGUUUAAGCUCGAAUGAAAUAGAUCAAGAUCUUUUAUCAAUAAGA